AUGCGAAGAUAUGACCUCAAGCUUAAUCCAGCAAAAUGUGCAUUCGGAGUUCCAUUUGGAAAACUUCUGGGUUUUAUUGUCAGUAGAAGGGGAAUCGAAUUGGAUCCCUUUAAAAUAAAAUCCAUUCGAGAUAUUCCAUCCCCAAAAAAUAAAACCGAAGUUAUGAGUCUAUCUGGGAGGUUGAACUACAUCAGCAGGUUUAUUGCUCAACUCACAACCACAUGUGAGCCCAUUUUCAAACUUUUGAAGAAGGAUGCUGCUGUCAAGUGGACAGAAGAUUGUCAACGAGCUUUUGAAAAAAUCAAGGAGUAUUUGUCCAACCCUCCUGUACUCGCGAAAUGGCAAAUUUUGCUCACUGAAUUUGACAUUAUAUAUGUCACUCGCACUGCAAUGAAAGCCCAAGCUUUGGCAGACCACUUGGCAGAGAACCCAGUCGAUGGGGAUUAUGAACCAUUGAAUACAUAUUUUCCAGAUGAAGAGACUAACUCAAUUGAGGAAGUAGGUUCAAAUGGAAAUCAAGCUUGGCAAUUGUACUUUGAUGGAGCAACCAAUACUUAA